GCCGCCGCAUCACACCCGUCGAUGGUCACCACAUCCAUCCCCAUCGCGACCAGCACCACCAACCACGAAACUAAGCUAGCCCCUCCCCUCCCGUUUAAUCUGGCCAGCCGGCCGGCGACAUGUCUUCCGCUCCGCUGCUCGGCGCGCGCGAGCACUCCAGCGAAUGCGGUGAGGUAAAGCGGGGCUCGCCGGCGUGGCUGCGCCGCCUGAUCGACACGGAGGAGGCCUGGGCGCAGCUACAGUUCGCGCUGCCGAUGGUCCUGACCAACAUGUCCUACUACGCCAUCCCGCUGGUGUCCGUGAUGUUCUCCGGCCACCUCGGCAACGUCCACCUCGCCGGCGCCACGCUCGGCAACUCCUGGGCCACCGUCACCGGCUACGCCUUCGUUACCGGCAUGAGCGGCGCCAUGGAGACACUGUGUGGACAGGCCUACGGCGCCCGGAUGUACCGCCUGCUGGGCUUGUACCUGCAAUCGUCGCUCAUCAUGUCAGCGAUGGUGUCCGUACUCAUCUCCGUCGUGUGGCUGUUCACGGAGCCGAUCCUGUUGUCUCUGCAUCAGGAACCCGAGGUGUCCCAUGCUGCAACAGUGUUCAUCCGAUACCAGAUCCCCGGUUUGUUUGCCUAUUCCUUCCUGCAAUGCCUGCUACGGUAUCUGCAGACACAGUCCAUUGUCGUACCACUUGUUGUCUGCUCCAUGGUGCCUUUUGCGCUCCACAUCGCCCUGAACUACCUGCUGGUGAAUGUGGUCGGAUUGGGCCUCACUGGCGCGUCAUUGGCCAUCUCAGCCACGUUUUGGGUCUCGUGCCUGAUGCUGCUCGCGUACGUGAUGUGGUCCAAGGAGUUCGACGAGACAUGGAAGGGCUUCUCUACCGACGCCUUGAACUACCUGUUACCGACGAUCAAGCUCGCCAUGCCCUCCGCCAUCAUGGUCUGCUUGGAGUACUGGGCGAUUGAGCUCCUCGUGCUGCUCGCCGGCCUGCUGCCGAAUUCCACUGUGAGCACGUCGUUGAUCGCCAUAUGCGCAAGCACGCAGGCCGUUUCCUACAUGAUCACCUAUGGGUUCAGUGCCGCUGUGAGCACCCGGGUGUCGAAUGAGGUUGGGGCUGGUAACGUGGACAGGGCAAAGAACGCGGUCACGGUUACGAUGAAACUGUCAGUCUUCCUCGCCCUCUCAUUCAUCCUGCUCCUUAUCAUUGGCCAUGGCCUCUGGGCGAGCCUCUUCACGGGGAGCGCGAUGAUUGCGGCAAAGUUCGCGGCCAUCACCCCGCUCCUGAUGAUCUCUAUUGUGCUCGACUCCACGCAGGGCGUGCUGUCAGGGGUUGCGCGGGGCUGUGGAUGGCAGCACCUGGCGGCGACCACCAACCUGGUGGCGUACUACUUGGCUGGCAUGCCGGUGGCCAUUCUCUUGGCCUUCAAGCUCAACUUGUACACUCACGGCUUAUGGUUGGGUUUAAUCACUGGGCUGGCAUGCCAGACAAGCGUGAUGGUGAUCAUCACCCUCCGCACGAAAUGGUCAAAGCUCGUGGACGCGAUGGUGAAAAAUCGGGAUGACUAUGUGGCCUGAUCGACACUCGCAUGUUAUUUUAAGAUGUAAUUUACCAUCAGGGUCACACGGUGGUUGCUCAUUCAUAUGGUAGCAGCAUCCGUGGCGUGCACCAGUGCAAGUUUUUGUGAGAUGGCGUGUGUUGGCUGAACUCAACUGUUGUUAAUCCUUUUUUGGCCGUAUCUUUGAGUUCAUUUCAGUAUGAAAAGGUCGAGCUUCCCUCUGCCUGAGAUGGUAAACCAAACGCUAUAUAUACAAAGAGAAACUCAGAGGGAGGAUGCAUGCCGGUGUUGGCUUAGGUGGCGAGGAUUCCUGAGAUGGUAAAUUGUCUGGGGCACCUAGGUGCCUCGGCACCGAGGCCCAUUAUAUGGCAACUCACAUUUGUAGUGCAUGAUGUACAAUACACAACAAAAUGACUUUUCAGAUU